AUGCCUGUGCAGCUUCCCGGCGCUGAGGAAUUCGUUGUGUGGUCGUUGACAAGAUUCCGUGCAUUGGCUGUCGUGAUACAGGUCGCCAUUGUGUUGUUGAGGAGUCACUCUCCAAAUUUGCGCGCCCAGGCAAACCUGUGCGAUGCGCUGCAUGUUCUCUCGCCCAUGGGCGAUGCGAGAGGCCUGAUGGGCCACCUUGCAAGAGAUGUCGUUCGAGAGGCCAGAAUGCGUGAUCCCAGAUCAUCUGGGUCCCAAAAUGCUGCAAGCGCUACAGUGCAACAGCCAUCUGUGACUCAAGGGACUACGGGGAAUAGAUCUACAGCUUCACAAGCAACCCUGCCUCAAGAGACUCUGGCUGCGACAUCUGGACGGCAAUCUAUGGCCCAACGGACCACGGGGUCUACAGCUACAGCUUCCCCUAACAAGCGGAAGCGCCAGAUGAAUCCCAAACGAUGUAUCGCCUUACACUCCCGAUGCGAGAUCAUCGAUGGACAACUACCUUUCAGAGACUGUCUGGAGGUCGGUCGAGAAUGUGUGCCCCAGGGGUAUGUCCCGUCUGCAGCCAGAGAAGGAUCUCUGCCACAAAGGACCACUGUGAAGAAAAAAUCUCGAAGUCAGUGCACGAAAAAUCGUCUACCAUGUCUUGAAUGUAUGGUCUCCCACAACCGAUGUGAGAUCAUUGAUGGACAACCGCCUUGUAAAAGAUGUCGUGCGAGCGGCCGAGAAUGCGUGCCCCAGCGGAAUGGGGGGUCUACACGAAUAUCUAUGCCCCAGGAGAAUAGAGGUGCUACCUCUAUACAAGAAGGUGUCGACCAAAGUAUGACGGUGGCCAGAGCUCUGACCUGUGUCAAUUGUCAAACCCGAGAAGCACGAUGUGAGGUCAUUGACUCUCCACCUUGCACCGAAUGCCGCAAAAAGCAUCGCAAAUGCGCCUUUGAAGAGGCCCCAGCUUUAGAGCCACUUGAUGCGACUCUUUUGUGGUCAGAUAUAUCUGCCCGUACUUCUCUUCCUCCUAGUCCGGUGGUCUCUCACCAGGGUGACUUUAGCCUGAAUGACUCCAGCGACACUGACUCUAGCGAGAGUGACUCCAGCGACACUGACUCCAGCGAGACUGAUUCCAGCCAGAGUGGCUCUUGGUCUGUGAAACUGGAAAUGUCGCAGAGUCCAGCGCCCCUUGAGCUUUUCCCAGUUUCUGCAAAUCAUGAAAAUCGUGCUCCUAUUGAAAAUGCUCCAAGCGGAGUGUCUGAUACAACUCACCAGACCGAGGCUCCACGCACAGAACUGGCGGUCACGCAGACAAUUACUUCCGAUCCCAGGCCAUCUCAUCAUGAUGGGAAUAUUGCGUUUGUCGAUAGUGCUAUAAGCGACUUGCCUGAUGCAACAGAACCAAUACAAGCUCCACGCAUGGACCCGGUAACCAUGCAACCAACUGCUUCGGAGCCCCCGUCAUCUGAACCCGGUACCAAUCUUGCUGCUAUCGGCAAUACAGUAAAUGGGCUAUCUGAUGCAGCACCCCCGACAGAGGUUCCAUGCACAGAAUCCACAGCCAUGCCAUCCACAGUUCACCGUCCGAGGCAUUCGGAUCGACCGGGUUCUGCUCGCGUGCUUCAGAAUCUAGCCAGGCGACAAUAUCCGCCCUUUCCCAGCCAAGUGAAGAAAUUCUUGACUUGUGGGAUGACUGCUAAUUCAUUUUCCCAGCACCUCGCUUCCCUUUCGCAAAUCAUAAACCCAGACCUUCUCUCGCAUGGAAACAAUGAACAAUUGCUCAAAUAG